GAACACUGAACUGAAACAACGAAAUAGAAACAACCUACGAAAUCCUAACUCCACUAACGGUACUUGAUAAAUAAACAAAAAAAAUAGUUACACAAUAAGUAUUAAAUUCUAAACUUCACAUUGUAAAUCAAAAAAGUGUAUCAUAUCUCUUCUAAUAUUUAGAGAUAUGUAAUUUUAAAUUCUAUUGUUUGAGUUGAUUGAGUAAUAGUUUCAAAACGACUUUAAACCUCGUGUAUUGUUUUCUGUGCAACGCUGAGAUGUGAUGACCAGUGUCUCUACUCUAGUCGUGAAUUCUACCCAUUCUACCGGCGAUUCCACCUUUUUUCAUCACUAAACUUAAUAUGUGUAUGAGUGAGUGAGGAAAAGCACGACCUGUGGCUGCUGCACGAGCGGACAACCAACCAGCGAAGAGAAUAGCGCAGGAGCACAGCUACCAGCACAACAUGCUGCGCCGUGAGUGAGUGCGGUUGAAGUCAGGAGUCGAAGUCGUCGAAGUUGUGCACAGCGUGCGCACAGCCGCGAGUUUAGUUUUAGUUUGUGUUUGAGUGUUCGUCGAGGGCGGCCGAAGUGCGCUGCGCCGCACAAAACCGAAAAACAUCAGAAAGCUACUACGCUACCGAGAGGCGAGGAGUCGCGAUCAAAGUCGAACGCACGUUCAACCUACCGGCGCAUCCUUAAUUACAACUUACACGAGGACAAACAUAAUAUAAUAUUCAACGUACAACGGAAAUUAUAGCAUAAAAAUAAACGCGUUAAAAACACGUUAAAAUACGUAGUAGAACAUUAAAAAUAAUAUUCACGUAAAUAACAAACUAGAAUUACUAGUAAAACAUAUUUACCAAACAUUUUUAGCGAAAUUUUUGCAAUAUUUACUUUUUACUAACAUAUACUUAAACAUCAAGUGUCUCAAGUGUAGAACUAUUGUUAUCCAACAACCGUGUAGCUUGUGGCUUGUGAAUCGAGUGUGGGCCGUUUUCAUUCACUUUCACUCGUCGUCAGUUGCAGAAUAUACUGUGCAACACAUAAUAUCUACCACCACUUCACUUCAACUGCGUGCGCGUAAUCGUCGCGCGACGUAAUAAUCCAAUGCAGACGAAGCGACGCUCGUCGCAAUUCGCAAAGUGUGGUGCACAUGUGCGCGAUUCUCAACGUUAGCCAGCGAUAGUGAGGAUUCACACCUGAUGAGAUGUGUUAUUCGAUGCAGGUGGACGAGAAUGAGCUAAUGUGUGAUUUUUGGAUGAGAAAGAAGCAUUUCAGGUGAUAACAAAGAAGAAACCAAAAUUACAAGCUGAUCAACUCCAAAAUGGACGACGAUGAUGUGACAGUGCGUGUUGCGGUCAGGAUUCGACCGCAAAUUCCACGCGAAAUCAUCGACAUGUGCCAAAUUUGCACGACGGUCACACCGGGUGAACCUCAAGUUGUCCUGGGCACAGAUAAAUCCUUCACGUACGACUAUGUAUUCGAUACUGAGGAAGAUCAACUGAAUGUGUACAAUAAUUGUGUUGCACCUCUGAUAGAUUCAUCUUUAGACGGUUACAAUGCAACUAUUCUGGCUUACGGCCAAACAGGCUCCGGCAAAACCUACACAAUGGGCUCUGGAUUCGACGUGGAAGUGUCCGAAGAACAAAUGGGUAUAAUCCCGCGCGCAAUCGAGCACCUUUUCCGAGGUAUUCAAUCACGCAUGGAUGAUGCGCGCGUGACAGGUGCAGAACCGCCAAAGUUCAAAGUAAUGGCGCAGUUCAUGGAGCUGUACAAUGAGGAAGUGAUAGAUCUAUUCAAUCCGGCCUAUAAUAAAGAAAAAUCUUAUAAAAUUCACGAAGAUCCCUAUGGUGGUAUACAAGUGAAAGGUGUAACACUAAAAACCGUAACCUCAACAAAAGAAGCCCUGCGGUGUUUGCGUGAAGGCGCCCUCUCGCGGACAACAGCCUCGACUCAAAUGAACACGCAAUCCAGUAGAUCACAUGCUAUUUUCACGCUACAUAUAAAACAACAACGUGUUGUACCGGCUGAUGAAGCAGACGGUGGUGAAAACGACAGUGAAUUCGAAACACUCACCGCGAAAUUCCACUUUGUGGAUUUAGCCGGUUCCGAAAGACUGAAGCGCACUGGUGCGACCGGUGACCGUGCCAAGGAAGGUAUAUCCAUCAAUUGUGGCUUACUAGCCCUCGGGAAUGUGAUAUCCGCUUUGGGAGACAAGAGCAAGAAAGCCAUGCACAUUCCCUAUCGAGAUUCAAAGCUCACCAGACUGUUACAGGACAGUUUAGGUGGUAACAGUCAAACUGUCAUGAUCGCUUGUGUAAGUCCAAGUGAUAGUGACUUCAUGGAGACUUUAAAUACGUUAAAAUACGCGAAUAGAGCGCGGAAUAUCAAGAAUAAACUGACUAUUAAUCAAGAUAAGAGCUCGAGAACAAUUGGACAAUUACGUGCACAAAUCGCACAGUUACAGCUGGAAUUAGUAGAGUACAAACAAGGGAAGAGAAUUGUAGCUAACGAUGGUACCGAGACAGUGAACGACAUGUUUUAUGAGAAUAACAUGUUACAAGGAGAAGUGAACAAUCUCAGAACAAGAGUCAAAGCUAUGCAGGACACAAUUGAUGCAUACUCAAAAAAUACAAGAUUAUUAGCUGAACAAGCUGUGGGGGGAUGGAUUUCAGCCGGUGGUGAUAACCACGUCACUGAUAUGGUCCAGGAUUAUAUAAAACAAAUCGAAGAAUUACGCGCGAAACUUCUCGAAGCGAAUAACACAUGUGAACAGCUCCGGAAACAAAUGACAAGGAACAAUAACAAUACAUAUGGUGCAGCGGCCAUUUUGAAUAGCCUCGGAAGUCAGAUGGAUAUGUCCAUGGAUGAAACACCAUCGUUUAUAGAAGAAGCAAAGAGAGUUUUGGAACGUGAUCGAGCAAUUUUAGAACGCACGAGGAAAAACUCCGAAAUGGAGGAGGGAAUGACAGAUUCCACUGACUACGAUUCAGAUUCCGAAGAAAAAGAAUCACUAGACCUUAAAGAUGAACUGUUUUCAUUGACUAAUGAUAUUGAUAUGAAGCAGAAACUCAUUGAUGAGUUGGAACAAUCACAAAUGCGUAUGCAGACAAUGCGCAAACACUACGAAGAUAAACUAAUGCAACUGCAAGCUCGAAUUAAAAACACACAGGAAGAACGUGAUAAGGUUUUGCAUUCGUAUUCAGGUAAUACAGAACCUUCUUCAGAUAAAGCAAAGAAGAUUAAAGAAGAAUACACGAAGAAGUUGAAUGACAUGCAGCGUGAAUUAAAACGUUUGCAAGCGACACAAAAAGAACAUGCGCGGUUGAUGCGUAACCAGAGUAAUCAAGAGAAUCAACUCAAGUCGUAUAAAAAUGAAUUAAGCGAGAUGAAACGCGCAAAGGUGAAGUUAAUCAAUAAAAUGAAAGAUGAAUCAGCACGGCAUAAAGAAUCAGAAUUACGUAGACUUAGAGAAAUCGCACAGUUACGUAAAGAAACACGAAAAAACGCAAAUGUUAUCAGAGCGAUGGAAUCCGAGCGUAAAAUCAAAGAUCAAGUGCUAAAAAGAAAACAGGAAGAGGUUUCUAAUCUUCGUAAAAGUCAACGGAGUAGAUUAAGUGUCAAAGCUUCAGGUAGAAUGAUUAAUAAAGCGUUUACCGAACGCCAUGCGAAACAAAAGUGGUUAAAAGUGGAGAAGUCCAUUAAUAAUAUCACAAUCAGUAAGCGAGGCAUUGUUCAGCAGGAGGUGCGCAUGGAGCACUUUUUAGCGAAAAGGGAAAGCUUAGAUGCCAUCAAUGAGACGCAGCGCAAUGUGAUUGAGAUCGAAGAAACCCAGGAUAACAACGAAGCCGCGGAUAUUCAACAAAUCGUUGAUUCUGUUUACGAUAUUGAUGAAGCCAAGUAUCUUCUACAGAAGUUAUUCAGUAUGACUUUGAGUCAGAGUCAUGCUGUUGCACAAAGAGAUGCUAAGUUAAAGGAAAGUGAUACAAUUGUAACACAACUGCAACAUGAAAAUACGGUCAAAGCACAACUGUUAGACCAUGUUUUGCAUCUGGAACACUCAAUAUUCCCGAAGGAUUUGGUCACGAGUGUGUCCAGUAAUGCGAAUGAUACUUCCUCGACGUAUUCAAGCCGGUCUGGAUCACCGAUCGAUUCGCAAUCAAACUCUCUGGAAGUGCUCAAUAACAACAAUAACAAUAACAAAGCGGCAAAGAUUCGGCGCCGCACGGCGAAACCGGACGAGCUUUUGUUCGGAGUCGCGACCAACAACACCACCGAAUAAUUUACAACCACAUACAGAUAUCAACCACGCAGAAAUCUCACUUUGUUUAACAAUUUUCGUUUUAAAAUUCAUUGGAAACAUGACAAUACUUCGAAUAAGCUGACUAUUAUACACCGGGACGAUUAAUUGCUUAUUAAUCUUAAAAUAUUUUACUUUUUCUUUGUUAUUUUGUUAUUCACUUACAUUCAAUUGAGUUUUUUUUUGUUGAAUUUUUGAGUUGUGCUUUCAUUAUCUGUUUAUUCUAGAGUCUAAUCUACUACAUGCUAGAAAAUGUGUCUAGAAUCGCUUCCGAUGUUUUAUAAAUGUAUGUAAAGUGCACAAAAUGCGACUUUUGAGGUUAUGUAAGGUUAAUAUAACCUAAAAGUUGCGUUUUAUGUACUCUAUUGGUCGUUUUGUCCCGUGUAUCGUACGAGCUGUGUUCGUCCUGCGUGACGAAGUAAUGAUAAUGUGUGAUUCUGAUUUCAGGCAGGUUUGCAGAUUAGACAAAGAUUCAAGGUGCGUUCGCAAAGAUGCAAGCCGAAGUUCGUCUAUAGUAGCGAAGUGAUUGUCACCUAUGCGGAACUGUUGAUUACUUGUAUAGUAUUAUUUUUGUUUUUCACCCUAACCGUUUUGUUAAUCAUCUUAUGAUGUUCUUUUUUGUUUAUCUUUUUAUUUAUUAAUUAUCUAAUCCAUUUGAUUUGUGGAGAGAUGAGAUGUGCAGGUAGAUGGCGAAAAUGAUGAGACUUAUGAAAGACGUAAUUGCAUUUACGAAUUCUAGCCGAUAAACAUUAUUCUAAUAAUUUAUACGGUAAUGAUUGUAAAAUGACUAAAAACAGCCACUAAUUACUUAAGUUGUUAGUUUAUUUGAUGAUUUAUACAGUAAACCACGAUUUAAAUCUCUGAAA